UCCGCCUCCUCGUCCCCGCCGCGGGUGUGUGGUGGGCCGCGGGGGGCGCGGGCGGAGGGGGGCGGCGCGCCGCUUCCUCGGCGCACUCCGCCGCGGCCGCCCGGGAGGGCACGGCACGGGCACGGGCACGGCACGGCACGGCACGGGGUGGCCGUCCGGCGGGAGGGAGCCCUGAGCCGAGUCCCCGGCCAGGGAAGGAGCGAAAAUGGACAUCUCUCAGCUUCCCAGUGCACGUAUUUUCCUUUGUCAGGAUACGGGACUUUUGCUGAUCCUGAUGGAAGUUGUGCUGUCGGCCGUCAAAGUGCAUGCUGGUGGAAAGAAAUACACAGGACCAUGUGGAGGCAGAGACUGCAGUGGAGGAUGUCAGUGUUUCCCUGAAAAAGGAAGCCGUGGCCAGCCAGGACUCCUUGGAUCACAGGGAUUCACUGGACCACCAGGAUUGAUGGGGAUCCCAGGAGUGCAAGGUCCCAAAGGUCACAAAGGUGAAAGAGGAUACCCAGGAAUAACUGGACCCAAAGGAGAAGUGGGACAAAGAGGAGUCACUGGAUUCCCCGGGGCAGAUGGCAUUCCUGGUCAUCCAGGCCAGCCAGGACCAAGGGGGAAACCAGGUCAUGAUGGCUGUAAUGGGACAGCAGGUGACCCUGGUGACUCGGGAACUCCUGGAUUCUCUGGUUUCCCUGGUAGCAUUGGAGUCCAAGGGCCCAAGGGCCAGAAGGGAGAGCCGUACAUAGUAGCGCCGGAGAUCAUCAGCCGACACAGGGGAGAUCCUGGGGAUUCAGGGUUCAUUGGUUUUCCAGGACCUCCAGGUACACUGGGUAUUCAGGGACCUAUUGGUCCAAGAGGACAGCGAGGAAGACCAGGACCACCAGGACCCCCAGGGCCCCCAGGACCACAAGGCAACAGGGGCCUUGGCUUCUAUGGAGAAAAAGGUGAACAGGGCCCCCCAGGUCCUCCAGGUCCACCUGGGCUUCCUACAAGAGAACUGAUGGGUGUCCCCUCUGACAAACACAAGGGUGAAAGAGGAGACCCUGGACCAAGAGGGGAAGCUGGAAUUCCAGGUGUACUUCUCUUUCCUCUUGAAAAAGGUGAAGAAGGGGUAAUGGGCUACCCAGGACAAAGGGGACUGCCUGGCAUCAAUGGUUUUCCAGGACUCAGUGGAGAAAGAGGUUUUCCAGGAUUUGAUGGUCCGCCUGGUGGCCAUGGUCCCAGAGGAAGCAAGGGGGAGCCUGGUGAGAUGGGUCCUCCAGGGCCAGAUUCCUAUUUUCCUUCCCGCAUCCCAAGGAAAGGUGCAAGAGGUGAUCCAGGCUUUCCAGGUGUUUCUGGACUCCCAGGAGACCGAGGAGAGGAGGGAGAUCGUGGAUUGCCUGGUGAUCCUGGAUUUUCUGAUGCGGAUGGGGAUAAGCCAGGCUUACCUGGAGAAAUGGGACCAAAAGGUGAAAAGGGUGAAAUAGGAUCUCCUGCUUAUUUUGCGGGACCACCUGGGCUUCCGGGUAAGGAUGGCUCACCAGGACUUCGUGGUCCACCUGGUCCCGUUGGAGCCCCUGGUCCUCUCUUUGGGUUAAAAGGACGAGAGGGAACACCAGGUAGAUUUGGUCUACAAGGUUUCCCUGGGCCAAGAGGACAAAAAGGACCUAAAGGUGAAGAAGGGGAUUGCACUAGAUGCCUUUUGGGUGAAGAACUCAGAAGGGGCUCUACUGGCCCCCGUGGCCCUCCUGGCUUUCCAGGAACCCCUGGCCAGCCUGGAAGGAAAGGAGAACCUGGUGAUCAAGGACCACAUGGUCUUCCUGGCUACCCUGGAGCAAAAGGAUUUUCGGGUCCAGCUGGAUUUCCUGGACGGAAAGGAGAAAAGGGAGACUCUUUACACAUAACCACGAAAGGCACCAAAGGAAUCCGAGGAGAUCCCGGGCUGCCUGGAAUCAGAGGUGAAGAUGGUUUACCAGGCAGAGAUGGGUUGAAUGGUUUACCAGGACAGCCUGGCCUUCCGGGUGAUGCUGUCAGAGGCUUCCCUGGUGAUCCUGGUUAUCCAGGUGAAUUAGGCCCAAAGGGCUUUCCAGGAGAAGCAGGCCUGCCAGGUGAAGGAUUUCCUGGUCCAAAAGGGUUCCAGGGUCCUCCAGGUGACCAAGGACAAGCUGGAAACCCAGGACCCCCAGGUCUGCCUGGUCUGCCGGGAGAGCCUGGCCAACUAGAUUGUGGGCAAGUUACUGAAGACUUUCCUAGAGGAGAUGCAACCGAGCCAAUAUGGUCAGGUGCAGACUGUUUAAGGCCACCAAAGGGAUCUCAAGGAAAGCCAGGAGUGCCAGGAGCCACAGGUGCAAAAGGUGCAAGAGGAUUCCCAGGUGAUCCGGGUCCAAUGGGUUUCCCAGGGCUAAAUGGUACACGAGGUGAUCCAGGUCGGGAAGGAUUCCCGGGUCCUCCAGGUUUUACUGGACCCAGGGGAGACAGAGGCCCAAAUGGUCUACCUGGACUGCAGGGACACCCAGGCCUUACAGGAAAAUCUGGAGCUCCAGGAGCACCAGGACCGAAGGGCCUUCCUGGUGACGUUUUUGGAGCAGCAGCAGGUUCCCGAGGAGAUGUUGGCCUCCCCGGCUUCCCAGGGUUGAAAGGUGCACCAGGAGAUCAAGGAGUACCAGGAGCUAGAGGAGCGGAUGGUAGCCCUGGUUUACCAGGAUCCAAAGGAGAUCCAGGGCCACAAGGUCUCCCUGGUUUGAUGGGAUUACCAGGAACACCAGGAACACAUGGAUUCCCAGGUCCACCAGGAAACCGUGGGCCAGAUGGUGGGCCUGGCUCUCAAGGACCUCUCGGUCCACCUGGUGCUAGGGGAGAAGAUGGUGAGCAAGGUUUUCCUGGCCCUGUGGGCCUGAAGGGUCUGUCUGGUGACAAAGGUGACAUGGGUCACACGGGAUUACCGGGUAUACGUGGUGUGACUGGGCCCCCUGGCAUAAGUGGAAUGGAUGGCUUUCCAGGAGAUAAAGGCUUGAGAGGUUCACCUGGCAUUGAUGGUUUCAAAGGCAUGACAGGCCUAAAAGGAAGACCAGGCAUCAAGGGAAUCAAAGGAGAAUUUGGCCCACUUGGGGCUCGAGGAGAUAAAGGCUCACAGGGUGCACGUGGUUUCAAAGGUGACCGUGGAGAUCAAGGCCCCCCAGGAGAACCUCCAAAGCUCAUGCCCAGCAUGAUGAUGGAAGUUAAAGGUGAAAAAGGAGAUGUUGGAGAAAGGGGCACGAAGGGAUUCUUUGGCUUAAAAGGUAGCAAGGGAAUGCCAGGCCUUCCUGGAAAGACAGGAACCCCAGGCUCCCCUGGGCAUCCCAGCUAUGUGGCUGGUGUGAAAGGAGACAUCGGUGCAAAAGGGCUGACAGGUGUGAAAGGAUAUCCUGGUCCCGCUGGUUCUCCUGGCAUCAGAGGCUUCCCUGGCACCACAGGAGUCAGAGGAGAAAAGGGCGUUCCAGGAAUUUCAGGCCAUUUUGGUACUCCUGGCUCACAUGGAGAAAUAGGUGAUCGGGGAGAGACUAUAAACUUACCAGGAAUGCCAGGCCUUAAAGGAGAAGUUGGUGUGCCAGGCUUAACAGGCAUAAGAGGAGGUGUGGGACCAAAAGGAGAAGGUGGUGAUCCUGGUUUCCCUGGCAUUGAAGGUCUCAAGGGCACACAGGGUGUCCCUGGCUCUGUGGGACAGGAAGGUUUGCCAGGACUGGUUGGCCCCCCAGGGCAACAAGGAAGCCCUGGGACACCUGGAUUUCCAGGUGAAAAGGGAACUCCCGGCUGGCCAGGCUUACCAGGACAAGCAGGCCAGCCUGGCUUAAGAGGAAUCAGUGGACUGCAUGGUUUACCAGGCACUAAGGGCUUACCAGGAUCACCAGGUCCAGAUGGGUACGGCUCUGCAGGUUUCCCAGGUGCGCUGGGUGACAAAGGAGAAGCGGGAGAGCCAAGCAGAGUAGAAGGCAGCCGAGGACCUCCGGGACAGAAGGGAGACAGAGGUGUUCCAGGAGUCCCAGGACCCUUUGGUAUUCCUGGACAGGAAGGAUUUCCAGGGCCUCCUGGGAUUUCAAAUAUAUCAGGAUAUCCUGGUGAUAAAGGCUCCCCAGGUCUAGAUGGAGUUCCAGGCUAUCCAGGACCACAGGGGCAGCCUGGAAUACCUGCUCCACCAGGAAGCAAAGGAGAAAGUGGACAAGCAGGUAGGACUGGAGAAAUUGGCCCAAAAGGAAGCAGAGGUGACCCUGGAUCAGCAGGAAGACCUGGCCUGCCUGGAUUCCCUGGACCAAAAGGUCGUAGGGGUGAACAAGGUGUCAUUGGCUUUAUGGGCACAGUAGGAUUUCCAGGUGAUCUGGGACCCAUCGGACCCAAGGGAGAUAGAGGAGUAACUGGCUUCCAGGGACCUCCAGGCCCUCCUGGGCCGCCCCCUCAUCCUCCAAGGCUGGUUGCUGAGCAAGGUUCACCAGGUCCCCGUGGAAAUAUAGGACCUCAGGGAAGCCCAGGAGAUAUGGGACCUCCAGGCCCACCAGGAGAUCCAGGUUUCAGAGGCUCACCUGGAGAGCCUGGACUCCAAGGCAGGGGUGGCAUUCCAGCCCCUCCUGGCUCCAGAGGGGAACAAGGAGGAAUGGGAUUUCAGGGUCCAGUGGGAUUUGAAGGUCAGCCGGGCCGCCCCGGUAGCCCUGGGCCAGCAGGCAUGCCGGGCCGCAGUGUCAGCAUGGGCUACCUGCUGGUGAAGCACAGCCAGUCCGACCAAGAGCCAAUGUGCCCAGUUGGCAUGAACAAACUCUGGAGUGGGUACAGCCUACUGUAUUUUGAAGGACAAGAGAAAGCACACAACCAGGAUCUAGGGCUGGCUGGCUCAUGUUUGUCCCGUUUUAGCACCAUGCCAUUCCUCUACUGUAACCCUGGGGACAUUUGUUAUUAUGCAAGUCGAAAUGAUAAGUCCUACUGGCUCUCAACUACAGCACCUCUCCCAAUGAUGCCCGUGGCAGAAGAAGACAUUAAGCCGUAUAUCAGUCGCUGCUCCGUUUGUGAGGCCCCAGCUGUGGCAAUUGCUGUCCACAGCCAAGAAGCUUCUAUUCCUCACUGCCCUGAAGGCUGGCGCAGUUUGUGGAUCGGAUAUUCCUUCCUCAUGCACACUGCUGCUGGUGAUGAAGGUGGAGGACAGUCGCUGGUUUCUCCUGGGAGCUGCCUGGAAGAUUUCAGGGCGACUCCUUUCAUCGAAUGUAACGGCGCACGCGGAACCUGUCACUACUUUGCAAACAAAUACAGCUUCUGGCUCACCACGAUCGACCAGCCCUUCCAAAGCAAGCCCUCGGGAGACACACUCAAGGCAGGACUCAUCCGAAGCCAUAUCAGCAGAUGUCAAGUCUGUAUGAAAAACUUAUAGAAGUCCCUCACAGUAUAAGGAACCACCUUAUCAUGCAGUUCUUUUACAGAGGAGCCUUCUGUGGUGGUUAGACAAUUGAAUAAAUCAUGUUGGUGCUUUUUUUAACUUAUUACCUCAAAAGCUGAAUGGAAAUUAAUUUUUUAAAUGUCUGUAAAAGCAAGUUAAGUAUAACACAAAUUAAGUUUAACAGAUCUAGUACUGUGUUCUCCCACUAUGCAGUAUAUAUACACAAUUUUUGCUAGUAUAAUACUAUAUCAUUUGCCAAAUGAUAGAAAUAUUCACAGCUUUGAAACACCGAAAAAAAACUUCAGUAAUAAAAGGUUUCCUUGGUCAGAUACCCACAGCAUUUACCUGAAGAGACUAUAUGUAUCUUUCUAUUUACUGUAUUUGUCACAAGAGUAAACACUAACAGCUGCAGUUCCAUAAAUUAACACAGGAUGAUCUAAGUCCUAAAUUGUUGCGAAAUACUGAAAAUAUACUGUGGUUCAAAAUGCUCAUGUCCAGCACUGAAACCUAACUUGCAUUUUAGUAUUCUGUGCUUGGGCAUUUCAAACAUACCCAACACAGUCUUUUUUUUUUUUUUUCCCAAGCCUCGCCAUGCUUUUGCACUUAACCACUGCUGAUAACAAAGCCCACAGGCUCCCAAAAGCAGUGAACACAAAAUGCAACUCUCAGUUUGGUUAGAAAUCUACAUGAUGAAGAUUAGCAUUUCAUUUUAUAAGCUUGAUGGUGUUUUUCCUAGACAUACCCUAUGCCAAAGGAUCCUUGCUCCACUGUGCUGUGGACAUUUCAUCUGUAUCACACCACCUACACAGCAGCAGCAAUUGGUUUUUGCACUGCACCUUCUCCCCUCUGAGAUUAAGCCACUCAUCACAACCAGGCUUUAGCCACAUCAUGUUGGAGCAGCACCCACCCAGGGUAGGGUUUGCAGGGGUGCUCAAUGCCACAUGACCCUCACACACAGAAGUCGCAGCCCUGCCAGCUGUCUCCCUGAAUGGAUCCUGUCCUGGCAGCUGGGGACAAGUGGCAGUGGGACAGCCACACCUCACCUUCCCAACCUGCACACAGUCAUUCUCCUUGUAAAAGCAAAGGGGAGGGAAGCAAGGCAUUUAUUUGGCACCAUCUUUUCCUGUCAAAAAGGGUUGGUAAUUGCCAGAAUGAUUAAUUCUUUCCUUCUGUAGAAAGAAACAAUUUAACCCAGAGUUGUCUGUCAGCACUGGAAGAGAGGAGGGAAAAAAGAAUUGGCUACAAAUUUCACGUUCACUAAUCAGAUUUGCAUUUAUAGCAAUGACAGUUGAUUUUUCAGUAACUCACUUCUGCCUCAGGUGCUUCUUGGCUUUUAUUAUUACAUUCCAGCCUCCCUGUAUCAUAAAUAAAACCUGGGUUUUUUUCUACGUCUCUAUUUACUGGUGAUUUCUACUUUGUAAACUGUGUUCUUCCAUACAAUGCAAAUGGACUGCUCUGUUGAAAUACUUUCUUUGCACUAGGGGAUUAGAAAAGCAUUCCCAGCAAACUCCUCCCACUGAAACUCAAACUCUUCAAUAAGAAUACACUUGUUUAUUUCAUGACACUUAAAAAGAUUUAAGGGGGAAGCUCUCUCUACAAUCACUUAUUUACACUGAACAAGUAAAUUGUAUUUAACCUGCUUGUUAGAAUGAUUAAAGCAAAUAAACUGUGGCACUGCAGAUUACAA